AUGUCAGGCCUGCAGCAAGUCGUCCCAGCACCCGGCCAGCUCCACCGCAUCAAGCGCGUCAAGAACCAGCACUACGUCCGCGACGGCAAGAAAUCCUACGGCCAUGCCUUGCGAAAGUACAACAUCAAGCCCACCGUGCCGGGGCCCUUUGACAUGAUCGACAUCAUCCAGCACGCCGAGACCCAGCACGUCCUCAGGAGGCUGCAGGAUCGGCUCCGCGGCCGGCCCACGCAUGUCAGCCAUCGGCAGCUCGUCACCAAAGAUGAGAACGGCGAGGUUGGUGAGGUCUCGGCCGAGGAUGUGCAGGGGGAUGCCGAGUACCUUUGCCAGGUUGGCAUUGGUUCGCCGCAGCAGCAGAUGAGUUUGGACUUUGAUACUGGCUCUGCGGAUCUGUAUACGUGGUCCACCGAGCUGCCUUCCCAUGUUCAAUCGGAAGGCAAGAAGUCCAAACACAACAUCUUCAACCACGCCCUCAGCCACACGUGGAAGCCGCUGAGCGGAGAAACGUGGACCAUCACCUACGGCGAUGGCUCCUCCGCGGGCGGCAACGUCGGCACCGACGUGGUCGAACUUGGCGGCAUCCAGAUCAAGAACCAGGCCGUGGAGCUCGCGAGCCGAAUGUCCUCCAGCUUUCGCUCGAAUCAAGGCGAUGGUUUGCUCGGUCUUGCUUUUGAUACAAUCAACACCGUGCAGCCCAACCAAGUGCACACCCCAGUGCAAAACAUGAUCCAGCAAGCUGCCAUCCCAGCCGGCUCAGAGCUCUUCACCGCCCACCUAGGCAGCGUGAACGAUACCAGCGACCCGGACAACGGGAGUUCCUUUUACACAUUCGGAGUUAUUGACGCCCAAGUGCUCGCAUCCAACAAAGCCACCGUGAACGACAUUCACUACACGCCCGUCGACAACUCCAACGGCUUCUGGCAGGUGGCGUCCAGCACGUACACCAUCAACGGCACACAGCACAGUACAGCUGGCCACACGGCGGUCAUGGACACGGGCACUACGCUGGCGCUAGUCGACGACCAGACAUGCAAGAAUAUCUACGCUGCCAUCCCGGGCACGAAGCUGGAUAAUUCGGUGGGCGGCUACAUCUUCCCCACUUCCACUCCGACCGCCUCUCUCCCCCUCGUGGGUUUCGCCAUCGGCAACGCGACCUUCACCAUCAGCCGCGAGGACCUGGCUUUCGCGCCUGCAGGCAACGGGUACAGCUACGGCGGGAUCCAGUCGGCGGGGGAUCUGCCGUUUGCCAUCUACGGCGAUGUGGUGUUGAGGAACAUCUACGCCAUCUUUGAUGUGGGCAAGAUGCAAUUCGGCUGCAUCCAGCGCCUUGAUUCUUCGACUGCUCCGAAUGCUGGGAACGACAAGUGCGGGUCGCAUGGGAACUCAUGCCAGUCUUGCGACAGGAAGGACUAG